AUGAAUAUGAACAGAGAUGAGGCUCUUAGAGCCAAAGAUAUAGCAGAGAAUUUGAUGAAGAAGCCGGAUUUCACCGCUGCUCGUACCUUCGCUAUGAAGGCUCACCGUAUGGAUCCCAGCUUGGAGAACAUAUCUCAUAUGCUGAUGGUGUGUGACGUCCACUGUGCCGCAACGGAGAAGGUGUUUGGGAAUGAGAUGGAUUGGUAUGGGAUACUUCAGGUUGAGCUGAAUGCUAAUGAUAUCAUCAUCAAGAAACAGUACAAGAGGCUUGCGCUUCUUCUCCACCCUGACAAAAACAAGCUUCCUGGUGCUGAGGCUGCUUUUAAGCUGAUUGGGGAAGCGCAGAGGAUACUUCUGGACAAGGAGAAGAGAACUAUGCAUGACAUGAAACGCAAAUCUUGGAGAAGGCCUGCACCUGUGCCAUCAUAUAGAGGGCCGAGUUAUCACACGCAGCAGCCUGGCGUUAAUAUGAGGAAUGUCUACAACGAGAGACCCAAGCAGCAAGCUCAAGCCCAACCAGGUGGUUUCGGUAACCGUCCAACCUUUUGGACCGCUUGUCCUUCCUGCAAGACAAGUUAUCAAUAUUGUAGGGAACAUAUGAAGGCAGAAUUUAUAUGUCAGGCUUGCAAAAAACGGUUUACUGCUUCGGAAACUCCUUUCCAGAGUGUACCACUGGCUAAAGACUCACGUCGGCCUUCUUCUUACGUCCCACAACAAGCCAAGGUUCCAAGCCAAAAGGAGAAGCCUCACAAGCGUCAAGAUAGUCCUGCCACUGAUUCCUCUGGCAAGGCGAGUUUCCCUAUGUCGGAUUCUACUGCGGGAAACGACAAUAGAAAAAGGAAGAGGAAGAAUAUGGUUGAAAGCUCUGACAGUGAUAGUAGCAGCGAGUCGGAAGAUGAUAAUAUGGCAGGACAAGAUUUGGGGUCCAACGGAGGACAGCAGCGUCGGAGGUCAGUCCGUGGCAAGCGGGAGGUUUCCUAUAAAGAGAAUUUGAGCGACGACGACGAUGUAGUCUUAGUCGAUGACAAUGGGGAAGGGUCUCAGAAAAAUACAGAUCCUGAAAGUGAAGAAGAGACAGAAGACGAAAAGCAGACACAUAAGGAUCAUCACUCUACUGAAACCUUGCCAAAUGGCGUAAAGCCGGAGGAGAAGAUAAAAGAAGACCAGGUGGAAACCUCUGCUGGUGCAAGUGAUCCAGAGGAAGAUAUAAGUCCAGGGAGUGAAGCAAAACCAAAUAUUAUCAGUUGUGAUGAUCCUGAGUUCAGUAACUUCGAUAAGCAGAGGGAAGAGAGCUGUUUUAAAGUUAACCAGAUCUGGGCUUUAUAUGAUGAAGGAGAAGGAAUGCCUAGGUUUUAUGCUCUCAUAAAGAAAGUGAGAACUCCAAAUUUCUUGAUUAAGUACGUAUGGCUAGAGGCAGAAGAAGAUGAAAAACAUAAUUUGACCGUCUCUGUUGGUAAGUUCGAACUUGGGGAAGAGCAGGAGACAGAUGGGCGUGAUUGUUUCUCUCAUUUGGUCCACAGCAAAGCAAGAAGCGGAGGCAAGCACUUUAAGGUAUUCCCAAGGAAAGGAGAGACUUGGGCUCUUUACAAGAACUGGAACAUGGACUCGGAAUCUCCUCGUGAGUACGAUUUUGUUGAGAUACUCUCUGAGGGAGCCAAGAUAUCAGUUGGGUUCUUGUCUAAAGUGGAAGGGUUUUCAUUUGUUUUCCGUCCUAUGCCAAAUGAUGAAUCAGACACUCUUGAGAUUCCACCUCACGAGUUCUAUAGAUUCUCACAUUGCAUUCCGUCAUUCAGAUUGAAGGGAACAGAAGGGAGAGGCGUAAUUGAAGGUUGGUAUGAGCUUGAUCCAGCUGCUUUACCAGUCCCUGGCUCUCAAAAUAUAUCAGGAGAAGAAGAAGAAGAAGAAGCUCAAGACCAAGACCAUCAAUCUCCAGCAUCAUCAGGAUCUGCCUCUUGA